GAGAUAAGGGAUCAGAGGGACCCCCGGGACCACAGGGACCUAAAGGAGACCAGGGCCAUCCAGGUAACCCAGGGGAAAACGGCGCUAAUGGCCACCACGGUCCUAGAGGCCCUAAGGGAGAGCCUGGAACUAGAGGACUGCUAGGGUUCCCUGGAAUCAAAGGAGAACCAGGUCCUGUUGGGCCUCAAGGCCCUAAAG